AUGGGAUUCCAGCAGCUCUGGGCACUCACAGUGCUCCUGGUCUUGAAUUAUACCGCCGGCUGUGACGUCAAUCCAGACUCCUCCAUGGACACCUUUCAUCUCGUCGAUCCAGACAUGCAUCCGGUUGUCAGGAUUGGCAACCAGCUUCAACUCUCCUCGAACAACCUCGGACAAGAAGAUGAUGCGCCCAUUUUCUACUUUCAGCGACCAGCAAGCGCACCUCAGGGCGCAUACGACCUGAUCUUAGCUGAGCAUGAUGAGACGCCGCCCCACUGGGUCGCGCGGACGGAAGAAGGAAAUCUCGUCCUCACGGAUGCAUCCACCGGACCAUCCGGUCAGGUUGUCAACGGCCAGAACCUUGUCACGUCUGUCUUCACCAUCGAUUGCGACGGCGCUGUCAGUGUGAUUCGCGAAGGCAAACACGCAGCACUCACUGCUCGCAAUGGCGCCUCGGUCGAGAGGGCCCUGACCGCGUUCAACUACGGCGAUGAGGCCUUCAAAAGGCGUGCCACGGAGUUUGCCUCUCUCGGCCUGAUGCUCGAUGCCCGUAGCCUCACAAAGAGGGACGCAUAUCGAUGCCCCCCCGGAUCCUGCGCCAAGACUAAGCACGGCGCUCGGCCAGCAUCAUCAAACGGCUGCGGUCCUGAAAAGUAUUACCACUUGGUUCCAGAGUUUAGUUUCACCGACUGUUGUGACGCCCACGACAAAUGCUACGAUUCCUGUGCGUCCCCGUCGGCAUCAUACUGCAACAACCAGUUCCACGAUUGUAUGAUGGGCAAAUGUGACCAGAAGUACCAUGGUGUCAGCAUCGGCAUCAGGGCGGGCUGCAAGAGAACGGCCCAAGUCUAUACCAAUGCUGUCCAAGGUCACUGGGCUGACGUUCUUUUCACAAAGUAUGGCAACGAACGAUGCCUUUGCAAACCUUACUUUUGUAAGUAG